AUGAAGGAGCUGGUUGCGCCAGUGGUGAAGUCUGCGAAUCCCCCUCACCCCGAGGACCCCGUAGCCAUACAACGCAUGCACUUGCUGCUGCAGCAGCUGCGGCGCUCGCGUCGGCGGCUGCAGCACCUGCAGCAGCUGGGCCCCGAAGACACCAUUCGUUUCACAGUGGCGGUGCCGCAGCAGCAGGACGAGUACAGCCAGCAGCAGCAACAGCAGCAGCAGCAGCAGCAGGAGCAGCAGCAGCAGCAGCAGGAAACAAUUCAACUCACCCAUACACUAGGGGACGUCAAGCGCCUCCUGGGGGCUGGGGGGGGCCUGGCCUUAGUACCGGGCAUCCGCUUCGGGCCAGCUGUGUGUAAGGUGGAGGCGCUGCGGGUGGUGCAGCCGUACCCCCAGCCCCUCACCCCCGAGCUCUGGUACGCCGAGGGUUUCUUCGCAGCUAACUGUGCUGCUCUCCGCUUCAGGCUGCAGCAGACACCAUACAGGACCCACGCCAACUGGCUUGCAUGCAACCAUAUGCCCCCAGAUGCUUUCUUCCCCCAGCAGCAGCAGCAGCAGCAGCAGCAGCAGCAGCAGCUUGAACAGCAGCAGCAGCAGCAGCAGCAAGGGGAGCAGCGGGGAGAAAGUGGUGUGGAAGCAAACGGUGCUCAGGAAAGCAGCGAGGAUGCAACCAGCAGCGAACUCAAACCCAGCAGCAGCAGCAGCAGCAACAGCCCCAGCAGCAGCAGCAGCAGCAGCAGCAGCAGCAGCAGCUUGAACAGCAGCAGCAGCAGCAGCAGCAGCAAGGGGAGCAGCGAGGAGAAAGUGGUGUGGAAGCAAACGGUGCUCAGGAAAGCAGCGAGGAUGCAACCAGCAGCGAAUUCAAACCCAGCAGCAGCAGCAGCAGCAACAGCAGCAGCAGCAGCAGCAGCAGCGGUGCUGCUGCAGCUGCUGCACCUGCUGCAGCUGCUGCACCUGCGGCUGCAGCAGCUGCAGCUCCAUCUCCGGCAGCAGAGGCUGGUGGGGCGACAGGAGAAGCAGCACCAGCAGCAGCAGCGGAAGCAGCAGCAGCAGCAGCAGCAGCAACUGAAGGUGCAGAAGCGCCAACAUUACCAACCACAGUAG